AUGGCGCUACUUUUAGGUAAAGUCUACUCCGGACUGAUGGUGGUGGGCGCCUCUGCCAUGGCCACCGUGGGCAGGAUCAGCUUCACCGUACGCAGCCUUUUGGAUUUACCCGAAGGCGACGGCGCCAAGGAGCAGGAUGCGACCGAGAGCUACGGAGGCUCCCCGUACCGAGAAUGGAUGGAAACCGAUCGCAGCCACUAUCUGUCUUCCGACGAGAGCGGCCCCGAGAGCAAAUCGCGGCGGGCGGCAGCCUCGGCUCAGGCGGUCGAGGAGGAAGAGGAGGAGGAGGAGAAGAAGAAGAAGCGGCGGGUGCUCUUCUCCAAGGCGCAGACGCUGGCGCUGGAGAGGCGCUUCCGGCAGCAGCGCUACCUGUCGGCGCCCGAGAGGGAGCAGUUGGCCCACUUGCUGCACCUGACGCCCACCCAAGUGAAGAUCUGGUUCCAGAACCACCGCUACAAGACCAAGCGGGCCAAGGGGGGCGGCGAGCGAGCCGGAGGCGAAGGAGCGGCACCGCUGCUGCGCCGCGUGGUGGUCCCAGUGCUGGUGCGGGACGGGAAGGUGUGCCACAGCUGCAGCGGAGCUCCCGCCGCGGCGCAGGACUACGGCGGCGCCCAGACGACUCUAAACCUGCAGGGCUAUCCGGCCUUUCCGCAGCAGGCCGCCUCCCUCGGCCUCUUCCCCGCCUAUCAGCACCUAGCACCGCCGGCCCUGGUCUCUUGGAACUGGGGUUGAGGGAGUGAGACACGCGCGGAAAAAAUCGACUGGCUGCCUGCCCGGGGACUCGAACCCACGGCCAGCCUUCCCUCGGCGCAAGGACCGCCAGGGAUGCUACUUCCGACUCCAUCCCGCAAGACAUUGGCUUGAUUAGGACUACUCUAGAGCAAACGAUUCGUGGAUCGCAUCGCAGCCCUUUGUUGCCUUUCCCCGGCACCUUGUUUCCAAGUGACCUUUCUGAUUAUCUUUAGGUGGAAGCGAAACCAGCCCCCUUUGACGCUCAAGUAAGUGUGCUUAGCGAGGCUCAGAACUUACGCACUCUGACCUGGGAGUAAGCGUCAUUGAAAUAAGAGGGAAACUUCCGAGUAAACGUACAGGUUGGACUGAAAACACGGACUAAUGAUCACUAAAGCCGGAUUGGUGUCCGUUGAACAUGCAUACACAUGUACUCAGAUUCUGGAUGGGAAAACUGUGAGGCUUUUCUAACUUUCGUGCACGUCUGUGGGUGAAAUGAAGGUAGUCGUCCGCAUAAACUAUUGUGAGUAGGAAAUCUAGGGCUAGUCGUUGGAUCCGGAUAAUGAACUCGGCGUAUAAGCGUGGCAAAAGGUAUGGUUAGGAGCCGAAAGUUGAUUGGAAAUACAUAUCCAAUUGGAUUCAGUGCGAUUUACAUGUAAUUGUGAUGAGAAUCGGAGUGUCCGGAAUAGUUUGCUAAUGCGGAAGGAGAAGAUUCUGGGUUACUCAGCUGCCCUAGCUCAGUUAUUGGCCUUUUGUUUUAGAAAAUGGGUCGAAAACGUAGGUUUCCUUUUUCUUUUCUCUUUCAACGGCCGAGUUUCCUUCGAAACAAAACUGAUAGAGUCGUUUGUAUCGGAGAUAGUUUAUUUUCAGAUAGAAAAGUCUUACCACG